AGAUGUGUGGAUGAGAAGAUGGAAUGGCGCUAGGAAAGUAAUCAAUAUUAAGUAACUCUCCGUAUACACUAUACAAUGUGUAUCUCUGUGUGUAUGGGGAGAGUGCUGGGUGGUGCACUCAGUGAGGCAUUCCUUUUUUCCCGCCAUUUCAUCCGACGUCUGCACACAUGGCCAUAUGGGAUGAAGGUGUUGGUCAUGUGCUAGUUUUUACAGGAAAGGAUGCGCCAGGUACCUGAGAAAUUUCACCCAUCCAACCAGGAGAUGCUCUUUUGCAUCUAGUGGAUGCCUCUUUCAGUGCUUUCUUGGUAGAUGAUAGUGGUGUCUCACUGGUGAUGCCUCCUAACAUCUGUUAGAAUUGGCUUCGCUGAAAAAGCUUUGCUUGAAGUUGAUGAGAGGGUGCUGAGGAUAGAGAGAUUUCUUCAAGGUUUGCGGAUGUGAGGCGAACUGAUAGUUUACCAAGAAGCUUUGACGUGUUUAGUGACUCUAUUUAGUGUUCAAAUUACUUGGAUGUGACAGCCGUUGUCUUCAUUUGUAGUAAUACUCAGUUACACCUUCUUGACUUCAUCUUUGUAUUUUACUAUAAAGCUUUGUAAGUUACUUUUAUGAGCUGCACUCUACUACUGUGGUGCUCAGUUGUGACUUUCUCUCCUAGGAGUGCAGAGGUUAGCUAAAGUGGUGCCAAAGCAGAAUUAAUGAGCCUUCUCUUCUUUGAUAGGCUGACGAUGCAAAUAAAGUACUCUUGUCUUGGGAACUGUUUGAACUGUGAACAUACAUAGACAAAACACCCUGUGAGCUGAAACAUACUGCAGAACUGGGUCAUAGAAGCAUUUCCUUAAUAGCCAGAUUGAAAAGUUCUUGAGCAUAAACAUUUCACCCCAAGUGGACUCUUUGGUUGGACUGAGAUAUUCUUUAACUGAAGAAAGUUUGUGGUGACGUUGUUUGAGAGCAAUAUGACGGCCGAAACUCUUUACCUGUGUAACUUCCGUGUGUCUGUGGAUGGGGAGUGGUUAUGCCUUCGAGAGCUUGGUGAUCUUAACCUGUCCCCCCAACUACAGUCCCCUGCUGAAGAAGAUGACAGUGUUAUCAAGAAUCCAGUGUUGGUUGAAAGAGCCAAUCUUCUCAACGUUGCUAAGUUGUGUAUCAAGACUUUGAUAGAAUCAGCCAUGGAGGAAGCUAGGAUACUGGAUGAUGAUUAUGUUCCUCUUCAACAAUUCUUUGUCGUCAUGGAGCAUGUUAUGAACCAUGGGGUCAAAGGUAAGAAGACAUUCCUGGAGAAGAAACGUUCGUUCUGGAACGCUGUGGAGUCGUUGGAGAAAUCCCUUCCAGACUUCUCAGAAAUUAUUGACAGUGUGAGGAAUCUUCCUGGAAUCAAAACUAGUUUAGGGAGAGGAAGAGCUUGGUUGAGACUGGCAAUGAUGCAGAAGAAAUUAGCUGAUUAUUUCAAGGCACUCAUUGAAUCUAAACAUUUAUUAAGUGAAUGGUACGAGCCCACAGCUUUAGUGAUGGAAGAGGAAGCCAUGGUCAUCGCCGGUCUCCUUGUCGGUCUCAAUGCAAUCGACUGUAACUUCUGUCUAAAGGGCGAUGACCUCGACUCCGCGCCAUCUGUCAUCGACUUCAGCAUGUACUUUAAAGAUGGCAACUACCUUGAUAAACCUAUGGAAGCAUCGUCUGGAUCCCCAACAGUGCCAACCAAGGUCAACCUUGCCACAUUGCUUGAUCAGAAGAACUAUCUUGAAGAGCACAAUCGUCAUCUGACCUCUCAGAUAUCAGGGCUUCAUGCACGCAUCAAGGCUUUAGAAGAAACUAAUGCUAGUAUGAAAGGAGAGCUUGCUAUGGCCAACAAUAACAUCCUUAGUAUACAGGCAGAUAAUGAUUUAAUAAGAGCAGAGAACAAUACCUUGAAACAUCAUACAGAAAGAAAACUAGAGAUGGUGAAAGCAGAUAUAGAAACAGAAAGAGAGACAUAUAAUACUUCUAGACAUGGUCUUAAUGAGAUGUACACAGAAGCAAAGCAAAGAUUACAACAAGAAACACAAAUGAGAUUGGAUGUUGAACAGGAGCUUCAGCUUCAGAUAAGCCUUAAGAUGGAGAUGGAGAUGGCAAUGAGACUACUAGAGAAAGAUAUCCAUGAGAAACAGGAUUCAAUCAUAUCACUACGGAAACAGCUUGAAGAUAUUAAAUCUAUUAAUAUUGAUCUCUAUAAGAAGAUUCAGGGCACUGAAGAGACAAUGAAACACAAAUCUGAACUUGUGGGAAGAUUGGAAGAAAAGACCAAUCAGAUGGUGGAAACCAUCAAACAGCUUGAGGAAAGACUACGAAACACGGAACGAGAUAAACAAGCUUGCGCAGAAACCGCCAGAAAACUUGGGAUGCAGAUCGCGGAGAGGGACAUUAAGUGUUCCAACCUAGCGGCCGAUCUGAAAGUUGAAGGAGAGUGGAGGGCCACCCUACAAAAGGAGAUUGCACAGGAGAAAGAGCUGAUCUCCCAGCUCCAGGCGGAGGUGGCUGAUGUGGUCUCCCUCAGGGAGCAGCUUGCUUCUCUCUUGGAGAAACACGAGGAGCUCGGCAAGACAUGUCAUGAACAGGAUUUGGCGUUGGCCGAGAUGGGAUCAAAGCUUAGCGAGUCUCAGCUAAGGAUGGACUCUAUGAAGGAAGUUGUCCAGUCGGCCGAAGGAAGGGUUUGGGCCGAUGAUAAAGACGUCAAGAACUGUAUGACUUGUGAUAAACCAUUCUCAGUUGCCAGAAGGAAGCACCAUUGCAGAAACUGUGGCGGCAUCUACUGUGGUCCUUGCUCCGACAACCUCAUGCCUCUCCCCUCAUCGGCUAAACCGGUCCGUGUCUGCGACAACUGCAACACAGAACUUCUGCAGCGCUACUCUGCAACAUCGAGAUGAACCUGGGAAGUUCUCCCCUGUCAAGUCUUGCCUGCUAUCUGUAUGUCUUAAGUUGAAGCUAUCAUUCCUAUCCAUUAUCUUUGCAUAUAUUUGCUGGAUGUAUUGCUCUUUGCCGGGUGAAGCUAUGGAGGUGCCAUAUUGGUAAGCCCUGGCACCUGUUGAAUCAUAUGUCCAGCUUGCAUUGCUGUCCCAAACCACUGAUGCUUAUACUUACUGGAUGGCUAGAAUACUGUACUGAAUGAAGUCAUUUGGGUGCCAUGUUGGGUUUCUUCUGAAUCCAUUGCAGAAAAGUGAAUUUCACUAUUUUUGGGAGUUCCAACAUGGCUGCAGCAAGCUUCAGAUCAUGUAGGGCCAGUGUUGCAAAGCGCAUGAACUAACUAGAAUCCAGUAAGAAGCAUUUUGAUCCAUGAUCCUGCUGAAAAUACAUGUAGCUGUAAUCGUCCUUUAUGCAGCUUAGUGACAGCAUUCAUUUGAGUAUAGGUAUCUUACCAAAAUCAUAUCCAAACGCAUUAUUUCACUGUGGCUUUACGGAUCUCUCAUUGUUUAGUCAAUGCAGACAUGGGAUGAGGAGAAAAUAAAAGAUAUUGCGGGAGAUUCCAUUUGAGUAUGGGUAUAAAAACAAAACUCAAGUCCAUGACUUUAUUGCAUGCAAGAUUUCGUAGCAGCUUUCCCGAUCUCCAAUGCAUUGUCAAUGUAGACAUUGAAGAAUUAGACAGAUAAAGAUGCUGAGUGAAAUUCAUGCUCAAAUCCCGUGUUGAACAUGGCUCUGAUUCUUGUAAAAGAAAAUACAAAAUUUACUUCAUUCUCUUGCUGCAAUAUACAAGAAAAAGAAGACAUGUUUGCUUUAUCAGCUUUGAAAUUCAAUGACAUAUAUCAUAAUGAGUUUGUAAACCUCUGCAUUUGCAUUGCACCAUUAAAAAGUAAAAGCAGUAUAGUCUACAGGCCUUUUGUAGAAAAGAAAAAAAAAUAUUACUUUUGUAUACACAAUAUUUUAUUUCAUGAACAUGUAAUGAUAUUUACUUAAAAACAAAUUAUUAUUGGGGAUAUUUCAUAGAAGUAACAUAGAUGUAUUAAAACCAUGUUAUCUUCUAGAAAAGAAAAUACCAAUGACUCAUUUUCUCACUGGUAAUGUAUCGGUGCGUCACAUGACAAAUAUAUAGAUCAGAUAUCUUUCAAAUAUUGUUGAUUUCUUUGAUUAGAAAACACAUCUCUAAAUGCAAUUAGAAAGCUGUAAAUCCUGUCAAUUAUUAUUUGUCUCAAUUUCUUGGCUUUCUGAUAAGAUUUUCUUACCAUGUAAGCCAGACUUUAGCAAAAGACACUUCUUUACUGCACAUUUUUUAAAAUGAGUUUUGAUUGAUAUUCAAUAUUACGCCUUUAUUAGUUUCAAUCAACAGCUUGAUCAGAAUUCCAAACAAAAUUUUGUAGGGCUUAGAAGUAUAUGCAGUUAUACAAACCUCUCCCAUGGUUUCAGUCUUUUUCCAUAAUAUCUCACUUCUCUGAAAGGCAGAGCCUAGACACACACAUUUUGGGGAUUAAAGGGAGAAGUCAACCUGAAAAUAAUUUGGUUUAAGUAAGAGUAACAGGUGGAGAGGAGUUAAGAAAGAUUGAUUAUUUGGGGGAAGUUGCAGUUAAAACUCACCUCAUUCCAGAUGUAUCCAUGUGGAAAAGGUCUAAUGUGGCAUAAGUGAGCCGAGUUAUUCUUCCCUGAUCCAUUGGAAUUUAUUGAAUUUGGAACAAAGGUAGUAAAUUGCGUGACUUUCAAACAAAAGUUUGCAAUCAAUUUUGGACUUGUGGUCUGUCACAUGGUCACCUACUUACACAAGCAGGGUUUUUUUAAACCCAUUUCCUCUGGAGAAGCGGAAUCCCCAAUAGUAAUACUAUGGCAAAAAUCCUCUAGAUAUCAAUGGGCAAAUGGGGAUUAUUAUACAAAUGAUGCACGUAAGCGCGUGCAUGCAGGGCCAAAUAAUGAACGAUGUGCAAGAAGAGCCAAUGGAUAUACCGCACCGAGGUCCACAGGACCGAGUGCGGUAAAUCUAUUUGGCGAGUCGAGCACAGAGUUCAUUAUUUAGGUCCUCUAUGCACAAGAAUGCGUGCAUUUUUUGUUUUAUACACCCCCCCCCUCACCCAUGUUACUGAGUUGCCCCGAAUGCUAUAUUAAUUUUGAUCUUAAUUCUAGAUAAUUCUAUAGUAGAUAAUUCCAGAACUCGC